CCGCUGCGGCCUCUGAGUGAAAAACGCAAAAAAAAAAAAAAAAUUGCAUUUUUUCCUGUUCCUGAAUCAAGAUCAGAUCCUCCCAGGUCUUGGGGUGAGAAUUUUGUGAAUGGGGAUUCAGAUGAUGGGAUCCCAAAGUAAUGGCCAGCAGUCUCAUGUACAGCCAUCUCCACUGAUGAGGCAGAACUCAUGGUAUGGUCUAACUCUUAAUGAAGUUGAAAACCAGUUAGCAACCCUUGGGAAACCCCUUGGUAGCAUGAACCUUGAUGAACUUCUUAAUAAUGUGUGGAGCUCCGAGUCAAAUAUAUCAUCAGGAAUGGAUUCUGAAAGCACUGCAUCUGCACCUUCUCUCCAACGUCAGGCCAGCCUUACGUUGGCUAGGGCUCUGAGUGGGAAGACAGUUGACCAAGUUUGGAAGGAGAUACUACAAGGGCAGAAGAAGAGGUAUGGUGAUGAGAUGAAGGGACAAGAAAGAGAGAUGACCCUAGGUGAAACAACGUUGGAGGACUUCUUAGUUCAAGCAGGGCUUUUUGUUGGGGAAACUCCUUUAACUCCAACCAUGGAUAGCACUGAUAUCAUGAACCCAAAAAGCUUCCCACAGCAAAUAGUCUCAUCAUCUUCUCCAUUGAUUGGUGCUUUAUCAGACACAACAGUUUCUGGUCGCAAAAGGGAUGCCCAAGAUCCACUCGAGAGGACUAUUGAAAGAAGGUUAAGGAGAAAGAUCAAGAACAGGGAAUCCGCUGCACGUUCCCGAGCCAGAAAACAGGCAAGCCUUUGAGCAUGAUGUUUUUCCCUAAUUCACUAUCUGUAGAGUUGCUUUGAUUUACCCAUGACCUUGACUAAGCAUUGUGUCUUUCAACAGGCCUACCAUAAUGAGUUGGUGAACAAGGUUUCACACCUAGAAGAGGAAAAUAUGAAACUCAAGAAAGAGAAGGAAUUUGAGAAUAUGUUCCCAUGUGAACCAUCUUCUGAACCAAAAUACCAGCUGAGAAGGACAAGUUCAGCCUCAUUUUGACUUGCGUCCUGAAGUGUUACGAAUUUUACAGUGGCAUAUAUGUUAUGGCUCCCGUGUACAGCCUUGGUUUCACAAUGAAGCAGCUUGAGAAAUUUCCCCAGGCUGGAUUUUCGCUCCUGUUGCUAAUUAUGCGAGCUAAUCCACUUGUGCACAACCCACCACUGGGGUUUGGCUUUAUGUACAUCUAUGAUUAAUAUCUUAGAACUCAUUCAGCAACAAACAAACCUUGUUUAUAGGUUCAGGCCCUGUUUGUUUCGCUGAGAGACACUAGAAGAAGCCACUCGUGUUUUAACUUUUUUCUGUAAGGUUAAAAUGGAACAAAAAAAUAUGUAGUUUCUAUAGAUAGGGAGGAGAUGGCAUUAAUAUGUAGUUGAAGAUUGAUAUUAUACUAUAUAACAAAAAAAUUUACAUUUUUUCUUGAAUUUUGUGAACUAACUGUUUUAUCAUCCAACAUGGUUUUUUUUUUUUUUGUGCAAAUGGAAAAUUUCAUAAAUAGAUCAAUUAACU